ACUCGCUCUCGCAUACAGCCUUACAGAGACAGAAGGGGAGAGUCAGAGACGUGGAGAAGAAGAAGAGGAGUGAGUGAGAGAGAGAAGGAGAGAAUGUCUGCUGAGAGGGUGGCUCUCGUUCCUCGCUCACAAACCGGCCCUCGCUGAGACACCAUGGGCUGUAUCGGAUCCCGCACCAUCACGGUGGAUGCAGUUCCUGUUCGGAAAGAUGGGGAGCAGCUGUCCGUGGAGGACACCACCUCCAUUUUGCCCCGUCUGAAGCGGAACUCCAACGCCUAUGGGAUUGGAGCUCUGGCUAAGUCCUCUCUGACAGGUGUGUCAGGGGUUUCCAGAUCAAUGAAGGACAAAGUGACCAAGCCCACUGCCAUGGCCCAGGGUCGCGUGGCCCAUAUGAUUGAGUGGCAGAGCUGGGGUAUACCUUCUGCAGGGCCGGAAGGAGGAGCGGGCCGCUCCAACCUGAACCGCGAGAGGGAGAGACGGCUCGAAAAUGACGCCUACAGUGACUUGAGUGAUGGAGAAAAGGAGGCACGGAUGGCAGCGGGCAUUUUGCAGCAGUUUGCCAUCUCUGAGGCCACACUCUUAGCCUGGACCUCUAUGGAUGGAGACAGUUUCUGUGUGGACUCCAACCAGGGCAGCGUGGCUCACCUCAGUGAGGUUAACCAGGAGAGCAUCACUAGCAGAGACCAGCCGUUGCAUCAUUCCUCUGCAGACGUGUGGCCUCACACUUACGUCUCCCAAGGCCUUUACUGUCUCUCCUCUUCUGAUGCGUGGGAGCCAAUCAGCAACGAGCCCUCAGGCAUGGCCUCUCCCGCUGCCGGCUCUUACAUCAUGGGGGGCGGGGCUUCGGGUGAGGGUUUUGACGGCUCUACCCACUACCUGACGCAGCAGCAGUUGACGUUGCAGCAACAGAACAACCUACAGCAGUUCCAACAAUAUCAGCAGUACCAGCAGCAGCAGCUCAUGCAGUACCAACAGUCAUUGGAACAUCGACUGCACAGCGCCUCACACUCCUUACAAGCCACGCCCAACAGCACUAUUCACAGUUUGGGCCUGCCCACUCACCCGAGACUAGCUGACCUGUGGGCGGCGGCUCAGGUGGAGCCCCAUCAGGUGGAGUUGAUGGGACACAUGGGCUUGUCCACAGCUGAUAUGGGCAUGGGGGAAGUGUACGGUGAGGAAUCUGUCAUGGAGACCGAAUGCAUCCCGGAGCAGCAAGAGGAGGAAGAAGUCAAGGAGGAUGACAUAACACUCACCUUUGAACCUGAGCCGUCAUCCGUAAUUUCCAUCCUGACACAGAGAGAGGACUCCACCCCAGCUGGGGUCAUGAGCCCAGGAAGAGCACCAGCACAGCCAAUGGCUGAGCACAUGACCUACGAGGUCACAUCCUGCGUCGUCCAAUCGCUGGAGGAGAAGGAAGAAGAGAUGGAGGAUGGGGCCGUGGUUGUUGUGGCGACCAACUGAAAUUGAGCUGAAAGGACGGAGCGAGGAACAUAAAAAACGAAACCGUCUGUGAAAUUAUCAAACCAAUUAAGCUACUGUAUAUGCCCUUUUACCCCAGAUGUGUACAAACUGUUACAUCAGGAACAGAUUUAUUCGUUAUAAACGCUGAAAGACUGCUCUCUCGAAACGGCGGGCGCAUAUAAAGAACAAACGUCGGAGAGCGUCAAAGCCGGGAUGAUGCGUCAUAUGUGCUCCUGCUGUUUUAUUGCGGGAGUGCUGAAGUCCAAGGCCACUUGCGAAUGAAAUCAAAGAGUGCAAUACUGAGAAAUCAAUACAACCAAAAGAAAGUGCAUGCGUUUUUUGGAGUAUUUAAUUGACUGAAUCAACAGUAUCAACAUAGUAAUAAUAUAUAUAUUGAUUUUUGUAAUAAAACUAAAAGCCAAUGAAACAAUAUGUAUUUGUAUAUAUAACAUGUAUGUACUGUAUGUGUGUUAGUACGAAUGUAUGAAUGUGUCUUUAAAGGUAUAUUCUCGAAAAAAAAAAAAAAUGUUACGAAUUUGCUGUUUGCGUGAAGUGUCCCCUACUGUAUGUACCUCCAAUACACACACACACACACACAAUUUUCGUUCUUAAUAUAACCAAGCACAAUACUGCCCAAAUGGAAACAGUUCUGCCCUUUUCAACAUCCUAACUGUAUUGUUACUAAGACUUAUGCACUACUAUGGACAUAAACGAAUGUAUUGCCCAUCUUCUUUAGCGACAGCCCAGUUCUGUCCUAAAGUUUUUUUCUGUUCUACUUUAUUUUUUUUUCAUCGAUGUCUGUGUUUAUCUGUUUGUGUACUGCCUGGCUGAGCUGCUCAAUAUUGAUUUGCACUGAACAACAAAAGGAAAACUGAAGAGUCAUCAUCGUCAUUCCGGGAAGUUCCAUCAAUCUUCUCAUGCAAAAAGAUGAGGAAACUGUGGAUACUUUGAAUUCGUUGAGUCUGAGACUACAGGAAACUGAAUUGGGAAUCCUGAAGACAACUCACGAAUCCAUCCAUUUCAAGUUUUGAUGAACUAUUUGCUUCAUGCGUAUUUUCCAUGUUAAGAUGUCGCUUUCGAAUCCUGUAGCUGACAUAAGACAAAGAGAUAAACUCAUUACCUCAGUAAAAUCAUGUGGUAAUGGGCUAAUCGACGUGUUUGGUCAGAGUAUGUUUUUGUCACGACAGACCGUAUGACUGUGGAAAGAAGUGAAAAGAAGGUGCUUUUCUGGUUUGUGCUUGCAGGCUUUCCACUAAUUAUUUAAUAAGCUGUAAUUGUAAUACCCGCUGCAGAAAGAAGUGCCCUCGACUACUAGCGUGCACAUCUCAGACCUUUGUCGAUACUUGUAUACGUUCCAAAAGAGAGAGAAAAAGUGUUUUGGGUGUUGCAACAUUAACACUAUUUAGAUUUAGAAGCCGUUUGGUUUAGCAAUGAUUUGUAUUCUUUGAGGGGUUUGAGAGUUUUGAUUAAUGUCGUUAUGCAAUACUGAGGCAACAUUUAUUUUUCUAUACUAACGAGGCCUGCAAGUUGUCGUUCUUUGUGAUAUUUCGAACAUCGUAGGACUAGUAUCUGCUGAGAGAGAGUCAUUACAAUUGCUGUAUUUGGAUCAAAUUGGAAACCAGACAAAAUCAGAAAGAAGUGAUUAAACUCUCUUGUUCGGCGAACAAAAUCACAUUCUUUGGCAUCUUCGUUGUAAGAGCUCUUUGUGAAAUGUCCAAAGGAAUAGCUGACAGCAAUGAUGUCACAAGGUCAUAAUUCUGUCAUACUUUGUGAAAUAUGAUGCAUUUUGCGCAAAAUGACAAAUGCGGUGAAAUCAGAAUGGGAUUUCUGAUUGUUGAGGAAUAAAAAAAUAAAGCUAGGUAGGUAGCGAUCUUGCAGUUUCUUCAACUCCAUUCGGUGUCAUCAUGUAACCUCAUUCGAAUCAUGUGCAUUUUAAUGUGCUGUAAAUAAAAUCCUUAUUGUGAAGCACUGUCUCAUUUGUUAAUG